AUGGAAAUACUGGGAGCUCUUCCUCCCCCACUAAUGCUCCUCGUUUUAAUGGAGUACGAGAACCUUCAGAUGAAGAAUGGCGAGUCGGUGCAAGACUACAUAGGCAGAGUAUUGACUUCUGCUUAUCACAUUCAGGCACUUGGUGAAGAACUUGAUGAGAAUGUUAUCGUUGGUAAGAUCCUUCAUAGCUUCUCACCAAAGUUUCGUCAUGUUGUUUCGUCCAUAAUAGAAGCAAAAGACCUUUCUGUACUCACAGUCGACGAUCUCAGCGGGUCUCUAAAGGGGCAUAAAGAAAAUACUAAAGUAGAAGUCACAGAUCUCUUCAUGGCAAGCAGUGGCUCAGGCGUUGAGCAUAAGGACAUCUGGCUACUUGAUAACGGAUGUUCAAACCAUAUGACUGGGAGCAAAAAUAUUUUCAAAUGUCUUAAUGAAUCUAUAAACCAAAUGGUGCUAUUAGGAGAUAAUAAUAUGAUGAAGGUGGCCGGAGUUGUCAUUGUCAUUUUCAGAUCAAAGACCGGGACACUGAGGGAACUAAAGCAUGUACAAUAUGUACCCUAG